UACCAUUAUUGAUACUAGUUUCAUUACUCUAUCGUUACAUAGUUAUUGGAUUGUUGUCUUUAUAUUUCAUCCUUUUUACCUGUGUCUUCGUUGUUUUCUACCUGUCACAGAAAAAAAAUUAAUAUCUAACUAUAAUUAUUAGUAUCAAUUGUGGUCAUAAAAUAUAAAUGGCUUGAAAAGGGAACUUUAUAGUACACUUGUUAAUAAAUGGAAGUAUUUUAUUUAUGGUCAUGAAGUAGACAAACAUACUGUGUUUACCUGGAAAACUAAUCAAUCAAUUAAGAAGUGAACAUCAUUUGUGAAUGAAUUGUUGGAUAUGGGACAUUCAGCUUCAGUAGUUAUUACAAAGACUAACAGUCGAUUCCAUUCACAGUCGGAAAUUGUGUUUGGUAAAGACAAAGCAAGAAUAUCAAAAUUAUGUAAAGAUGGUAAACUUCUAGAAUAUCUGGAUGAAAAUGUCCAAACUCUUUAUGAAGCAUUCAGAAAUGGAGCACAAGUAUCAAGUAACGGUGCUUGCUAUGGAUGGAAGCCAAGUAGUAAAGAACCAUAUAAAUGGAUAUCGUACAAUGAUGUUUUGAAUAGGGCAGCAAGUAUUGGUGCAGGAUUAAUAGAAAAUAACCAGACAGCUACAAAUUCUACAAGAAUAGGGUUAUAUUCACAAAACAGAGUUGAGUAUGGUAUUGUGGAACAAGCAUGUUAUACUUAUUCUAUGGCAUUGGUUCCAUUAUAUGACACAUUAGGACCAGAAGCAUGUACAUAUAUCAUCAAUCAAGCCAGCAUUAGCCUAGUUAUCUGUGAUACAUGUAAGAAGGUUCAGGCCAUGUUUGAUAAAUAUGAGGAAACACCAAACCUGAAAACUAUUGUAAUGAUGGAAGAAAUGUCUCUUGAAUUACAGACUAAAGCACAACAGUUAGGGAUCAAACUCGUAUCAUUUAGUGAUUUGGAGGAACAGGGUGAAAAAUCUCCCAAGGAACCAAAGCCUGCGAAGCCAGAUGAUAUAUGUGUUGUAUGUUAUACAAGUGGUACUACAGGUUUACCUAAAGGAGCAAUGUUAACACAUAAAGGAACCAUUUCUACAGUUUGUUCAGCAUUUGUCACCCUUGAAAAUGGUGGUGUUACACUUGGUCCAGAAGAUGUUUUAAUUUCAUAUCUACCAUUAGCCCAUUCAUAUGAAAGGUUAUUAGAGGUAACAGUGACAAUGUCUGGUGGCAGAAUAGGAUUUUUCCAAGGUGAUGUGAAAUUAUUGAUGGAUGAUAUCAAAGAACUAGGACCAACAUUAUUUCCAUCUGUACCCAGAUUACUCAAUCGAUUUUAUGAUAAGGUUGUAGCUGGUGUGAAUGAAAGUGCAAUUAAAAAAAUGAUGUUUGAUAUGGGAAUGAAAAGUAAACAGAAAGAACUUCAAAAACAUAUAAUAAGAAAUGACAGCAUUUACGACAAGUUUGUAUUUAAGAAGAUCCAACAAGGUUUAGGAGGAAGAGUUAGACUUAUUACUACAGGUUCAGCUCCUCUGUCAGCAACAGUAUUAGAAUUCCUAAGAUGCUGUGUUGGUUGUCCGAUAAUUGAAGGUUAUGGACAGACAGAAUCUCAUGCUUUAUGUUCCAUGCAGUUCAUAGGAGAUGCUUCAUCAGGUAAUGUUGGACCACCGAUUCCCAGUAACCUUAUCAAACUAGAAGAUGUACCAGAUAUGAAAUACUUUGCUGAACAGAAUAAAGGAGAGGUAUGCCUAAAGGGUCCAAGUGUUUUUGUUGGUUAUCUAAAUGAUGAGGUAAAAACAAAAGAAGUUUUGGACAAGGAUGGCUGGCUACAUACAGGAGAUAUAGGAGAAUGGUUACCUAAUGGAACCCUGAAAAUUAUUGACAGGAAGAAACAUAUAUUUAAGUUAGCUCAGGGAGAGUAUAUAGCACCAGAGAAGAUAGAAAACAUUUAUGUUAGAUCAACAUUGGUAGCACAAAUAUUUGUCCAUGGUGAUAGCUUGAAGGCAAGUUUAGUAGCAGUUUGUGUACCAGAUCCUGAAGUGUUACCAAGUUACGCAAAGUCAAAUUUAAAUGUAUCAGGAUCAAUGGAAGAAUUAGUAAAAAAUCCAGAAAUAAAGAAGGCCAUAUUAGCAGAUCUGACAAAACUAGGAAAGAGUGGUGGAUUACAUUCCUUUGAACAGGUGAGGGAUAUAUAUGUACAUCCAGAAUUAUUUUCUGUGGAGAAUGGACUUUUAACACCAACAUUUAAAGCCAAAAGACAGGAUUUGAAAAAGUUUUUCCAACCUCAGAUUGAUGAAAUGUAUACAAAAUUACAAUAAUCUCUUUAGUUGAAUUUUUAUCACAUGCAAGAUUGUGUUCACAAUUGGUCUAUAAAUAAUUAAAUGAAAUAUUUCUUUGUUUAAAAUUGUGCACAGGUUAUUUGUAUUCCAUCAUGGUGUAUUAAUUUCCACUGUUUUUCUUUCAUUUCCUCAAUACUUGCAUUGAUAAUAAUCAAAAAAGUACUGUCAUCCAUUAUUAAUAAUAAUUCAUCACUCAUUUAUGACAUUUGCACAAAACUUUGCUAAAUGUUAUUUAUAUUUUUUACCAACUUUCACCUGCUACAGAAUUUAAUAUAUUUUAUUUUUACAUAUCAGUAGUUUAUAAAUAAUCAUAUGAUACCAGUACCUUUCUGCAUAAUCAAACUUACCUUCAUAUUUAUCUCAUUAAAGUGUUAAAAGAAAGAAUUAAGAAAACAUUAAUGCUGCAAACAUUUGGGUGUAUUUGGUAGGAUCUUUGUUAGAUCUAACAGCAAAACCACAAAUUUUUGAACUUUGUACUCUUGGACCAGGAAGUAAUUUUCAACUUUCACAUUGCCUGAUAUGGUUCAUUUGAUUUUUUGGGGGGCACUGUUGUCUUUUGAUUCAGUUUGCAGUGCAAUUAAAAAAAAAUGCAUUUGAAAAAUAUUACGAGUAUGGUAUCAUAAUACAUACAGAUGCUUGCAUAUGAAUUGUAUCAGAAAUAAAAUAUAUAUGUCUGUGAAUGUUGGUUUUUCUUAACAUAUGUAUAUGUAUAUGGAAAAAUGUUCAAGAAAGUUUUGUUACGUCUAAAUGAGAAUGUAUGGAAAACUUUUAUUAACUUGUAUUUGUAUUAAAGGUUAAAAAUAUAAUCAUAGCAACUUUAGCUAUUAAUAUUAUAGGAAUAUAUUUUUUGUUGUGUCAGAAAAGGAAAUUAUUUCCAAAUUCACAAUUAAAAAAAAAGAUUAUAAUGUAAACUUUAAAUUGAAACUUUUUUAUCUUGGAUUUCAUUAUAUAUGUUAAUUGAACAUUGAACCUUUUUUUCUACAUUCAAAACUUUUCCAUCACACUGUUAAAAAAUUAAAUUCCAUUAAUAUAUGUUAGGCCAUGCGAAUUUGAUUUCAGUCUUUAGAUUGUUAAUUAGUAAAAUAGCUGUAAAACUGAAGGAACAAUUUACACUUACUUUAUUUGUCCAAAAGUGAGAGAAUGGGAUCACAUUCUUUUUCUGUAGAAUCAAGAAAUAUGAUAAUGAAUAGAAAAUAUUUUUUUGUCAAAAGUAGUCAUGUAAAAAUUGAUAUUUGGCCAUAUAGAAAAUAUUAAUAGAUUCUAUAUUUAGUAAGUGAUCACUUGAAAAGAAAUUCUGUUCUUGGAAUGUAAUAUGGUGAUAGUUUGUAAAUUGUGUGUGAUGACUUGAUAUUUACAUGUGGAGGUGUCUGAAAGGAAAAUCUUUUUGGUUUUAUGAGAUUUAAAUGUUGUAAAAAAACUUUAAAGACAAUGAAUCAAUUUUUGGAUGGAUUUCUAGUUAAUAACUUGACAACUAUGUUCUGUGCAGCGAAAAACUUAGAGGUUGAAACUUCAUAUACAAUAUUUUAUCAACUGGUCAUUUCAUAUAUACGGUUCUAACCAUUUGCAUCUAUAUAUAACCAUUAAAAACGUGCAUAUUAUAAGCUGAUAUUUAUAAGCUAAUAAUUUCUAAUAUCGUUUUGUAUUUAAGACUAAUUUUUAAUCAUUUGUUUACCUGUAAAGAAUUAUUUUUGUUUGAAAGGCAUUUUAUAUAUUCCACCGGCAUCUGUUUAAAAAGGAUAUUUUGAAACAUUUGCUUGAACUUGGAACUCCUUUUUCUCUCCAAAAUAAAACAGAAUUUACACAUAAAAUGUUUAAUGUCCAUUCAACUGUUUUAAAGGAACCUGGAUGAUAGGCAACCUUUAAUCAAUCUUUUUUGCAAAAUUCUUUCAAAAUGCAUGUAAUAGUGGGGAAUACUAACAUCUUGUGAAUGCUAUAGAUCUGAGUGACAGUUUGAAAAAAAAAUAGUCAUAAACAAUUUGAUUACCCAGAUCGUUUUCAUUGUAAUAAAAUGGCUAUUAGAAAACAAAUUUAUAAACUAACCUGGGAAAAAAAGAAAAGAAAGGUCUGUUAAUAGAGAAUGUUAUAAUUUAAAUUAUUGGAGGCAAAAAAAUCCCUGAUAGACAUAGUUGUGAUGAGCAUGAUGAGCAAUACUCUUGUUUGGUACUAUAUACAAUAAUGAUAUAAGGUGUUAACUAGCACUGUUUGCUAUACAGUGUAGUUAUUCAUAGGGAGCUUUGGAAAAAAUUGUCUCCAAAUGGGUUAGGGAUAUUAAUUAAUGUAUAUUUCUUGUUAUUUUUAUUAUUUUUAUUAAUUUAACUAUUCAUUAAAUGGAAACAUCUGUUGUUGUGAUGUUGCAAAUUUUAUUAAAUGUGUAAAAUCUUAAAGUGCUAUAACUUAUUAUUGCAUGAUUAUGUUUUGGUUGGUAUCUUAUGUCUAGAAACUCCUUGGCAUUUGUUUUUGUAAAAUGCUUAAACAUGUUUGUUUUGGUUUUCAUUAAAAUUUAAAUUGU